UUUCUCGCACAAAGAGGGUUAGAUUUGAGGAUCUUAGACAUCUAAAAGAUUCAAAACUCCUGGUUUAGGUCAUUCAGCUUCGCUAUUCUGUCAAAUGCUACUAAUUUUAUUAGUUUAGUAACCACCUUAUUAUAUUUAAUACAGUUUUAGAAUAAACAAAUCGAUGACGUGUGAAUAAGUAUUUCUCCACUGACAUCAGUUUCUGAAAACAUCUGCUUUUGCUGCAUCAGACACAGAAACACAGAGUAGAGCCUCAUGAUUUGCUCUGGUCCUCAGCUCAGAGAGAAGAGACUGCAGCGCAGGUGUGCGUUUAAUCUGGGCGCGGCGUACGUGGAGACGGGCGAGCCUCAGAAGGGGCUGGAUGUCCUGUCACGCACACAGCCGGGCGAGAGAGGCGAGCGGAUCGCAGACCUGCAGUUUAACCUGGCCACGGCCCACGAGGCUCUGGGGGACCGAACGCAGGCGGCGAGACACUAUCUGCAGGCCGCGCAGCUGUACCGCUCGCAGGGAGACGCCGGCGCCGAGGCAGACACGUGCGUCAGACUCGCACACUGCCACCUGCUCAGAAAGGAGUGGGACGAGGCUGCAGCGAGUUUCCAGCGAGCCGCUGAGAGUUAUAAACUAGCGGGAAACGCGUCUGCAGCUGCGCUGGCACUGAAGGAUGCUGGGAAACACAUGCUGCAGAGCGGCCGCAGCUCCAGCGAUGACAUCAUCAGCGUGCUGACCGACAGCCUGGAGAUGAGCGUGAACAUGAGCGAUCAGCAGACGCUGGGGAAGCUGCUGAGUGACGUGGCUCUGAGUUUCUCUCAGAUGAGGCUGUUCUCCGAGGCGUCGGAGUGUUUAGAGCAGGCGCUUCCUCUGGUCUCCUCCAAACCGCACAGACUGGCUGUGGUUCUGCAGAAUCUGGGCGCCGUCUAUAACAGUUUGGGUCAGUACCAGCAGUCCCUGAGGUUCCACCGAGAGGCAGCGGCGCUCCACGGUGCUCUGGGCAGUCGCGGAGCUCAGGGUCGCUGCUUCAGUAAUCUGGGUUUCGCUCUGGUGGAGCUGGGAGAGCUGGAGGAGGCGUGGGAGAGUUACCUACACGCACAACAGGCCUUCAGAGACACCGAUGACCCGUCUGGUCAGUGGCAGGCCUGUGAGGGUCUCGGUGGGAUCAAACUUCAGAUGAAGGACCCAGAUAAAGCCUCCAUGUACUAUAAAGACGCCCUACAACUGCUGUGCAAGUGCCAGGACGUGUCUGUUUCAGUGCAGGAGCGUCUGGUCAGUGAACUGAGUGAAGCGUUACAGCAGAAGCUGCGCAUACAGCAGAGAGGAGCAGCAUCACAGCGAACCGCUCCGGAGCGACAUCAUGACCGACGACAGCCACGGACGAUGGCUGUGAGGUCUGAUGUCCAGCAGUGGAGGAGAGACAUGCAGGACGGAGAGAACGCACCCGCAGAUAGGAAGCAGCACAGCCAGACCAUCACAUCAUCAGAGACACUCCUGCAGCAGGAACAAGAACAAGAUCAUCAUCACAACACACUGCCAGAGGCCAACAGGAAUCUGAAUAACACGUAUGAUAAAGCAGAGAUGAAUCCGCAGAUCGUCCCAUCAGAGUCUUCACACGGUGAUGUGCCGAGGUCGGUGCAGAUGAACGGCAGACACCCAUUGGUCAGGAGCACGGUGACUCCGCCCCUCACUCCGCCUGACAGCGAUCAGGCCCCGCCCCUGAUGAGGAGACUGAAGUCCAGAUUCUGCACGGUCAUGUGACAUAAAGGAUAAUAUCUCCAUAGAGAUGAGCUUUUCUAGUUUUUCAGGAAUCGUGUUUGCCAUGGCGACGCUUCCAGACUGCAAACACAAGGAUUCAAGAUUAAAGAUGGAGCAGGAACUGAACUCUCCAGAGGAGCUGCACCUGCAUUAGUGGACAUCACAUGUCUGAACAUAUUUUCUAUUAAAAUGAGACAUUUUAAAGGGUGGAUGAGAUGCCCUGAACUCUUGUGAUGCCAACUGUGUGAUCAUAAAUCAUGUGUUAUUUCAUGCAGUAUUUCAGCAGGACAAAUAUCUUCUCAAUAUGGUUUCAUUUCAGUUUUAUUACACUUUCACCAACUUCACCAUCCUGAGUGAAUCCACCUGCUUUAUCCAACAUUAAAGCACCUCCUGCACUGAUAAUAUCAAAAUAAAUUUUAUAUCAAAACCUUUUAUCAGUCAUUAAAGUGAUUUUCCAUUUAAACAUAUUCCAUGUCCAAAAAAGACU